AUGCUCCCUCUCAAGCACUUGGUCAUCCUCUUCGCUUCGACUUCCUUGGCCCUCCCCGGCAACCCAGCUGCCUUUGUCGACAAUGCCCCUGCUGUCACUGCCGCUCCCAUUCUUGAACAAGUACUCGACUGCGAUUACAGCUACUGCGACGAGAACCACGUUUCGUGGUGCUUCCACUUCGUACCCUUCACUACUAUCAAUCCUACACUAGGUCCCAUGCCGGGAGAGACAAGGGUCUCUGUCGGGGUUUGCGGUCCUAAUACAGCGGUACCAGAGCCAUCGUAUUGA